CAUCUCACUCCACAGGUUCGUCACGGCGUCGUACAUUUCGCCGGUGGCCGGAUACCCGCCCAGGAUGAUGACAUACCGGUUGUUCCACACGUCAGAUGCCGCUUCUUUCCUGCUAAUUCGAACCAAACUGAUACACACUUGUAUAUUCUGUCGUUGAAUGAUUUGUGCACGUUGUUGUGAGAACUAACUAACCGAAGGCAGUUGGGAUUGCGAACAUCAUACCCGAAGAGGCGUGCGUCGGGAUUAAACGUGUAUGAAUCCGCGUUGGUUCUCCAGCCGUAGACCAGGCCGUUGAGGCUGACCAGCGGCGAGGCCGCUUCCGUCAGUUUCCCCUUGAACAUGCCCUCAAUCUCCGUCGUCAUGGGAUCACCACCAGCAUCCUCAUUCAUCUUCAUCGUCAAGGCGUACGCUCGACGCUCCUUGCCGUGCUCGACACGGAACCACACCCGGUUGUCCACCACCGGGCCCAUCAUCUUCGCGACAUUCCACGUCUGCAGUUCCACCGGCAGCGGGACGCGGUGCAGUGUGUUGUGGUGCGCGUCGUACAGGCGGAGACUGGUCUGGUGGCGAUCGGUGUAGAACAGGCAGGCCACUUCGAUGAAAUGGCGUUCCCGUGGCGCUGCGGUGUACCGGAUGGCGUCUGGUAGGAAGAGGCGCGCCUGCAGCUCCAGUAAAACGUCGCGCAGCGGUCCGGUGGCCGUGAGGAGGGCCAGUGGCAGCAUGUCGGGAAUUAGAUCCCGCCGCAGCUCCGCCAGGACCACCCGGAAGUUUUCCGCAGUCCAACGCGUUGGAUAGUCCACGCGGAGCCAUUUCAUCACCUUCUAACAAGGCAGACAGAUAUCAAACACAACAACAGCUUUAUUUUGGAGUGUAGUGAUGGCAGUGUACUCAUACAAAGCGUUGCUUGGGCUGCUUAGAUUUAUACACUGUACCGCUUAUCACGUGAUUCAAUACAGCACUGUAUUUACCGUUAACUGGCUUUACUAUUUACGAUAAAGCAUUUCAAGUUACCUAUUUGAAGUUACUGCUCGUACAUCAGAUGGUUUUCUACAGACUGUACACAAUUUUACUGGCUAUUCGAGUAUAACAAAAUGCAGACAGGAAACCGUCGUCGCAAACUGUCGACGCCACCAUCAUUCUCGUGCGGCUGCCUACCGGCCUCGGCCAGUUUCCUUACCAGAUACAAUGCCAUUUCCGUUGAGGAGGGAAUGAAAUCCUGCCGAAGAAGCGCCAGCAAAGCGCCGAGUGUCAGAUGCGCGUCGGCCACGGGCAGAUGGGCCGGCGGCAGCCGCGGCGGGAUUUGGCGCGAAUUUGCUGGGUGGACGCCGUCGGUGGUGCUCGAAGCCACGGUCGCCUGGACGGUCAUCCCGGCCCCUUCCGGCUCUCCGCUACCACUGGCGCUCGCGCUGACGUCACGGCCGGGAUCAAGCCUAAUCCGGGUAAUCCUUUGAGCACUGCCGCCAGCGUCGUCCGCUUUACGCUUUCCCCGACUGUCCAUCAUCAGGUUCGCUAUCGCGUGAAAUAUGUUGCACUGCACGGUGACUGCGGGGCGCGUGCCAUGUGUUUGACAAGCAAUAUGGAAAGUUGGACCAACAAACCCGACCAUGGACAAAACGGGAAAGCGAAAAGCGGACGACGCCAGCAACAGCACCACCAAGAGCAUCAAGUCCGAUCCCGGCUGUGGUGCGAUCAAACCCGAUCCCGGGAGUGCGAGCGUCAGCGGUGACAGCGAGCAGGAACGGAGCGCACCGCCGCAGCUGGUGACCGUGGUGACAGGGGAGUUUGUGGCGUACGGCCGCUGGUCCGCGGUGGAAGCGUUGGCGUUGCCAUGUCACCGUCAGAACGACCGAUUUCACGUCAAUCUGCCGGCGCACAUUGACCCGUGGGCCGCGCAUCUCGUCCUGCAGGCGGCGCUGCAUCCCGGUCUGCCCAUCGACACCCGUCACUCCCGCAACGGCUCCGGAGGUCCCGCCGCCACCAGUCAGCUGCUGGCGGCCUCGGCCUUCCUCAAGAUCCCGCUGCCAACAGUGCUGCGUGCAGCAAACCGAACGCCACAGCCAAGGGCUUCUGCAGCUGGCCAAGACUCUAGCGCCUCGAUGACCGUCCAGCCGCGAGCUGCUGUCGGGAUACCGGCGACCGUGGCCUCGAGCACCACUGACAGCGCUCACGGCCAGCCAGCGAUUACGAGCCAGAGCCUUCCGCCAGAGCCGGUUGAUCCACCCGUGGCCGAGGCGCAUCUGUCACUCGGCGCUCUGCUGGAGCUUCUGCGGCAGGAUUUCAUCCCCUUCUCAACUGAAAUGGCACUGUAUCAGAAAGUGAUGAAAUGGUUCCGCGUGGACUACCCGGCGCGCUGGACAAGGGAGAACUUCGAAAUCGUCCUGCCGGAGCUGCGCUGGGAUCUUCUGGGGGACAUGCUGCCCCUGGCCCUCCUCACCGCCACCGGGCCGUUGCGCGACGCCCUCCUGGACCUGCAGACGCGCCUCUUCCCGCCGGAUGCCGUCAUUCUGACCGCUGUGCCCCGGGAACGUCAUUUCAAGGAGGUAGCCUGUCUGUUCUACGCCGACCGGCACACAGCCAGUCUAAGAGUGUACGACGCGCGUCAGAACACGCUGCACCGCAUCCAGUUGCCAGCGGAACUGGUCGCGUGGAACGUCGUGAAGGAGAUGGGGUUGUUAGUGGACAACCGGGUGUUGUUCCGCGUCCAGCAUCGGGCGCAUUUGCAAGCGUACGCCUUGACUUUGACUGCGAAGAACGGUGCGGAUGACGAUGCGUUUAAGGCGGAGAUGGAGUGCUUGUUCAAGAAACAUCUCAAAUACGCCGCUGACCCGCUGGUCAGCCUCCAGGGCCGCGUCUACGGCUGGAGCACUGGCACCAUGCCGAGCCCGGCCUCCUUCGCCUACGAUCCCGCAGCGCGAGGCUUCGAUAACAACAUCCACAAUCCCAAAUGCAUUCGGAAAGACGCGGCAUUCGACGUGUGGAACAACCAGUACUUCAUCAUCCUGGGCGGAUACCCGGCCACGGGGUGCACGCGCGACAUCGUGCCCCUGGCCUCCGGAGAGAUGUUCGACGCGGCGACCAACGAUUGGAGCGAGCUGCCGGCGAUGAUGCAGCAGGCGCGCUGCAGUUUCGCCGCGAAAAUCUGCAACGGCUACCUGUACGUGACGGGUGGGUGCGGGCCAUCUGCGGCCACGGGAGCAGUAGCCGUCCUCGGUAGCUGUGAGCGGUUGCAGUUGGGUGUGGCCGGUGCACAGUGGCAGCGCCUACCUGAUCUAACGAUUCCCCGCUACGGAAGCUGUAUGUUCGUGCUGAAUGACCAGCUGCACGUGUGCGGUGGAUGCUACCGCCAAGGGGUGCAGCUGACGGAAUGGGAGGUGUACGAAGCCGCGUCGGAUCGCUGGAGUGUUGUGCGCCCGGUAGAGCUGCCCGGGUCCAGUGGCGGCCUGUGUCACGCUGACUGUCAACUAUGAAUGCUAAACGGAGUUGCGUCUAUCUGUUGUCACAAUUCCUUUCGUUUCAUAACUGGCAUCAAUACUGAUCGAAGAUUUGCAUUUCGGUGCAGUCUCGGAUAGCCGUCUCUUUGUCGAACAAAGACUAGCAACUAUGUCUGCCAGACCAAUAAACCAGCUGGCCGCGAAAUAGUACUGUUGGACAAGCUAGAAAUUUCUUUUUGGUUGCGGAUUUCAGAAACACUUUUUUGCAGCACACUGCCACAUGUGGACGCU